UUUUAGAUGUUUAAAGAAAUAUUAUUUUUGUGUAUUUUAUUAAAAUUUGCUUCAAUAGCAACCUCAAGUGAUGUUCUUGUGUAUACCGAUGCCAAUUUUGACAAAGAAAUAAAGAAACACGACGUUGCUUUAGUUGAAUUUUAUGCUCCGUGGUGUGGACAUUGCAAAAAGUUAGCUCCUGAUUAUGAAAAGGCUGCUACUAAACUGAAGAACAAUGACCCGCCGAUUAUUCUAAUUAAGGUUGAUUGCACAGCGGAGAAGGCGACUUGUGAUAAAUUUGGAGUAGGGGGUUUUCCAACACUUAAAAUCUUCAGACAUGGCGAUGUCGCGUCGGAGUAUGAUGGUCCACGUGAAGCUGAAGGAAUUGUUAAGUAUAUGCGAGGACAAUCUGGCCCAAGCUCAAAGGAGUUGAAAACUGUUAAAGAAUUUGAGAAGUUUAUUGAUAGUGAUGACGUCAGUGUUAUUGGAUUCUUUGAUGAUGAAAACAGCAAACUUAAAGAUUCGUACCAGAAGGUUGCCGAUACUGAAAGGGAUAGAUUUCGCUUUGCUCACUCUUUGGCUAAAGAUGUGCUCAAAAAGACUGGAUACACCGAGUAUUAGCAUAACAACCGCUACAAAAU